UCGUGUUUGUUUCUAUCGGAGAUCGAUGUUUGGAACUUACAGAAAACAACUGCGCUUGCAGCAUUGCCUUCCGAUCUCACAUACGUCAGAAAAGUUUCUCUAAAGUGCUCAUUAAUUAAUGGUUUCCCUUGAGCUUCCAUCGCCAAAAGUACUACCUAAUUCCCAUUAAUGGCUGCUUCUUAAUUUCAAGAUCAGUAGAUUAUUGAACUCAACAAUGGCCGCGCCUUUCAAGAAUGUACCUUUCUUCUUCUUCUUCUGCCUCUCCUCCUCCUCCUCCUUCGUUCUCAUCAUCUCCAUCUUCUGUUGCUGCUUGGAGACAUCGUCGGCUCUGGAGGGAGAGUGGAAUCUGCUGCACGAUAGCAUAGGCAUCUCCGCCAUGCACAUGCAGCUUCUCGGCGACAACAAGGUGGUGAUCUUCGACCGGACGGACUUCGGUGUUUCCAAUCUCUCUCUCCCGGAGGGAAAGUGCCGUCGGAACGACGCCGUCUUGAAGCUCGACUGUUCAGCCCACUCCGUCCUCUAUGACGUCGCCACCAACGCCUUCCGACCGCUCAUGGUCCAAACCAACGUCUGGUGCUCCUCCGGUUCUUUGCAUCCCAACGGAGCCCUCGUCCAGACCGGCGGCUACAACGCCGGGGACAGGAGAAUCCGGGUCUUCGCCCCCUGCAAAAAAUCAGAUUUAUGUGACUGGAUCGAACUACCCCAAGAACUCGCCGUCCGGCGGUGGUACGCCUCGAACCAUAUACUUCCCGACGGGCGCAUGAUCGUCGUCGGGGGCAGAAGGCAAUUUAAUUACGAGUUCUUGCCCAAGAGUUCUACUUCAAACGAGCCUUUUCAACUCCAGUUCUUGAUGCAAACUCGAGACGGGUCAGAAGAGAACAAUCUUUACCCGUUCUUGCAUCUCUUGCCGGACGGCAACCUCUUUAUCUUCGCCAACCGGCGAUCGAUAUCGUUUGACUACAUUAACAGCCGGAUUGUUAGGGAGUUUCCCGCCAUUCCAGGGGAGAAGAGGAAUUACCCGUCGUCGGGGUCGUCGGUGUUGUUGCCCCUCCGGGGACAGUCGCCGGUGGCGGAGGUGAUGAUCUGCGGCGGUGCACCGAACCCAGCGUACUACAAUGCCGAUGUCCUAAAAGUAUACGUGGAAGCUUCUAGGACCUGUGGGCGAUUGAACCUCACAGACCCGGAACCCGAAUGGGUGAUCGAAUAUAUGCCCAUGAGUCGAGUCAUGUCCGACAUGAUAAUACUACCCACCGGUGAUGUUCUUAUCAUCAACGGCGCAUCAAACGGCACGGCCGGGUGGGAAAACGCGGUCGGGCCGGUUUUCAACCCGGUUCUCUACAACCCAACGCAGCCAGACCCGGGGAAAAGAUUCGCUGUGCUCAAUCCUUCCAGGAUCCCAAGAAUGUACCACUCAUCAGCUAUAUUGUUGCCAGAUGGCAGGAUCUUAGUGGGUGGGAGCAACCCACACAGGAAUUACAACUUCAGAGCAACUCCAUACCCAACGGAGUUGAGCUUGGAGGCUUUCUCACCGCCUUACAUGGCCCCACAGUACUUCAAUCUCCGCCCUACCAUCUUAUCGGUGCAACCCAAGGAUCGUGUCGUAUCGUACGGUCUAAAAUUCUCCAUCUUGUUCGCGUUGCCAAUGCACGGCCCAGAUCAAGAGACCAGCAUAGCGGUGAUUGCACCCUCGUUUACGACGCACUCUUUCGCAAUGAAUCAGCGGCUGAUAUAUCUGGAUACAGUCAAUGGGGUCCAACGGGUUUCAGUGUUUGGGUAUAAAGUUGAUGUACUUGCGCCUCCAUCAAGGAAUGUUGCACCGCCAGGGUAUUAUAUGCUGUUUGUGGUGUACGGUGGGGUACCUGGACCGUGUGCCUGGAUCAAGAUCAGCGGUUGAGAUGGACCAGGGCGAUCUUUGUUGUUCAAUUAGGGGUUUUGUUUUUCUCAAUAAUUUCGUGGCUCAUUUGGAGGAAAUUUGAUGUAAUUGACCUUUAUCUCAAUAAUUUCUCAAUAAAAGGAGCUU